UUUAUUUUGCAUCGAAACACACGCAUGACUACAGGGAAAGAACUCUACCCGUUGGUCCCAUUCUAAUCGAAUUCUGCGUCGGCAUCUUCAUCAUCGAAAACGGUCCUCAAGAUUAGAUUAGAUUUAUUCCAACGGUCACCGAGCAGGCAACAUCAAAGAUGUACCGCAUUUCGUGCUUUUUGGAAUUCAAUCUCAAUUCCUUGCAUUAUUGAAGUCGGGUAUACAUUUUAAAUGGCUGUUCAACCCGUUUACCGGUACGAUUUGACUUCUUUCCUGAAUGCUCCAGACAAGCUCACACACGCGUUGCUAUGGAGAUUUGUCUAUGGACGGAAACUCACACAUCGCAUCCCAGUCGCCUUAGUAAUCGCCCCAUCCCUGCAGAUGUCGUGCAUUCUUUCGUGCUGCUUGAGUCAUCUGAAAGAUUUAGUUUUGUGUUUCGAACGUUUUCAAAAUUUCAAACCUGAUACCACCCCAGCAAUGGCAUCCAGGCAAGAUAAAACGAAUCGGGAAACGAACGCAUCACCACCGGAUUCGUCAACGGCACGCAGCAGCAGUGGUGCUGGAGUUUGCAAACCGGGAAAACAAACCCGCAACCCGUACCUGAACUUUCUGCGCGACUUUCGGCGCAAAAAUUGUCACCUCCCGGUGGUGGAGGUAGUGCGCCAGGGUGCCGCCCAGUGGCGCCACAUGACGGACGAGCAGAAGCUACCGUACGUGAAGAUUGCGUUCUACACGCCGCUGAAACGUCGCCGCUGUCCCGUGUGCCCCACGAUGCCUGGCAGGAGGAUGGGACAGGUGGCUAUGAAGCAGCGGCGACGACGACGACGACGGUCAAACGCACACAGGAUGCCCAAGAGUGGCAGAAAUCAAGUUAAGCAGGAAAAGCCCAGCAGUGGUUGAAAAUAGAGUUGGAAAUGUGGAAACCCCAAAUAUCUCGUGAUCCGCAACAGCAACAAUUUAACUCGUAUAUUUUCUACCCGUGCAAACCCAUCUUCCUCUACAUCAGACCCUUUUUCCACGGGGCCUAUCAACAUGGAAGUCACGCGUCUCCGAAGGGGUGCACAGUUACAGUAAACGUUGAAGUCGUCACACUGGAUGUAUAAAAAUAAACUUCCGAAUGGUCGCAAUCGCACAA